AUGCAACAAUCUCAGCAUAACAUGGCCGCCCUCCUGAACCCAACAGUAUCGUGUAUUCUUUAUAAUUCAUCAUCAAUCAACAGACUCCACAAUUCUGAAGCUGAACAAAAAAAAAAGAAAGGGGCAGUAAAAGAGCAUGAUCAGAAGACGAGAAGUGCCGAGGGGUCGCAGCAGCACCCAUCCAAGAUGCAGCAAAAGCACAAUAAAGAGACGCUGCAGUCAAAUCAACAUACAAAUAGGGAAAUUAAAGGUGAAGGCACCAACCAUUGUUCAAUAAACCUGGAAGUUUUUCCUGAUGAUGAUGAUGGAGCAGCAGCAUACUGUGGGGCAACCAUCACAGGCGGCCCUUCAUGAUCAUAAUAUCACAUAUGAAAGCAAACGCAUGAGAACUGGCUCUAAGUGAUCGAUAUGGAGCGAACAUGAAGAGCAGUAAUUAAGUUGAUGCAUCACCUUGAGCCGGGCUACUCAUGGCAGAGCUUUUGGAGAAGCUUUAGAGAUCAGCUGAAUAUAAUUAAGAAGGAAGCACAGAGCAGGACAGGACAGCAGGGGGAGAUGAAGACGUUCGGUUUGUACAGAGGCAGAUAUGGAUGAUCAGGGGAUUAAGUAAUCCAGUCCGAGAUUUUUAAUUCUAUACUUGAAAUUAUU